GCGCAAUCGGUUGUUCUCUCGCUGUCCUGGACGCUGACGUCCUUCGGGGUGUACACCGAACUCAUGCAGGGCGCAAAGACGAGAACUGCACAGGUGGUUUUCAUCACCGCGCUCGUUGGCACCUAUGCCCUGCAAUAUACACUGCUGAGGCAUGUGCUCCUGCGGGUGAUCCUUCUUCUGGAGGGAGUGAAGGCACGUGCCGCCGCCAUGGCCUUCUGUGACGAGGAAGGGGUACUGCCGUUCACGUCGGGUCAUUCCAUCUAUGUGUGGUUCUCCGUCCGGCGGAAUGUACAAGCACAGAACGAGGUUGGCUACCAGAAUGCCAGCCCCAUCUUCACUUCAAUGUUGAUCUGUGCUGCCGCAUGCUCCUGCUGGGUGGCCUGGGUCCCAGCUUGA